GACACGACAGAGGGUGACACCGGGAGAAAGGUGACAGCGACAGCGCGUAACAACGACAUCGGGUGACAACGUCGGCGGACUCGGCUUGUAGAGACAGCUGCAGUCCUCCCGCACUGCAAUGCCUCGGCGCUCCCCGCACGGCGCUCGGUGGUGCGGCCCCAUUGCGGGCCCGGCGGCGCGGGCGGGGGCGGCGGCAUUCCAUAGGGCCGGGCUUCCGUAGGCUGGGCUUCCAUAGGGCCGGCUUUCCAUAGGGCACAUUUCCACAGGGGCGGCUCUCCAUAGGGUGCGUUUCCAUAGGGCCGGGCUUCCUUAGGGCCGGGCUUCCACAGGACCGGCUCUCCAUAGGGUGCGUUUCCAUAGGGACUGCGGGAGCCGCUCCUGCCCCGCCGCCGCCCGCUUCCCCACACGUCGCCGCCGGCCCCGGGAGGUGCGGGGGCCCUGCGCAGGAGGCUCCACCUUGCUAUGAGCAGCCAAGAUGGAUCCAGAAGAGCAGGAUUUACUUGGGGAUUACAGAUACAGGAAUUAUUCUUCAGCAAUUGAGAAAGCUUUGAGGAACUUUGAAUCAUCCAGUGAAUGGGCAGAUCUGAUCUCUUCCCUUGGCAAGCUCAAUAAGGCUUUGCAGAGUAACCUGAAGUACUCUCUACUGCCCAGAAGAUUGAUCAUCAGUAAAAGAUUAUCCCAGUGCUUGCACCCAGCCCUGCCCAGUGGGGUGCACUUAAAGGCUUUAGAAACCUAUGAAAUCAUCUUUAAAAUCAUUGGCACAAAAUGGCUUGCCAAGGAUUUAUUCUUGUACAGCUCUGGUUUGUUCCCUCUGCUGGCAAAUGCAGCAAUGUCAGUGAGACCUGUUCUCCUUGGCUUGUAUGAGAAAUAUUUUCUCCCUCUCCAAAAAUCCCUCCUGCCUGGUCUCCAGGCCUUUGUAAUUGGGCUGCUGCCUGGCUUGGAAGAAGGAUCAGAAAUUUAUGACAGAACAGAUGCUCUGCUUGUGAAGCUGUCCCUGCUGAUGGGCCAGGAGGUGUUUUAUGGAGCUCUCUGGGGCAGUGUCCUGGGCAGCCCCUCCAUCAGGCUCCCUGCUUCCCUCUUCGUUGUCAGCCACAUCAACAGGGAACUCUCUGGCAAACAGCAGAAAUUCAUGCUUGGCACUGAUUACAAACUCACUAUAAAGUCUUUGUGCGUGUCAGUGCUGGAUUCCAAUGUCCUUGUGCAGAGGAACACUCUGGAAGCAAUCCUCUUCUUUUUCCCAUUUUAUACAGCUUUGGACUGCAAGGAAAGCACCAUCGUGCUCAGGAGGGCUGAUCUGGUUUAUAUCCUGUCAGCAGCCACUCAGACACUGCUGAGGAGAGACAUGUCCCUCAACAGGAGAUUGUAUGCAUGGCUGCUAGGUUCUGAUAUUAAAGGUGGCACUUUUGCUCCAGACUCCACCACUUCUGAAGACCAUGCUGUUUACUUCUUUGGAAAAUACUCUAAAGAUCUUCUGGUUGAGCACCAGCAGGAUGAGGCUCUGCCCAUCCUUACUUCAAGGGCAAAUUCAAUUUUCUGCACUAAAGAAUUAAACCAAAGGCCACAGGUUGUUGGGGAUCUCUUCUUGGAAGUUCUUAGAGCUUUUUAUUCCUACUGCAAAGACACCCUGGGUUCUGAUCUCAAACUCAGCUACAAUCAAAGUGGCAACACCCUGGCAAGUGCAAUCAAAGAGAACAAAAAUGCUUCAGAAAUUGUCAAAACAGUGAAUUUGUUGAUCACAUCCUUAAGCACUGAUUUCCUCUGGGACUACCUGACCAAAUGCUUUGAAGAUUGUUUCAGAAACAAAUCCACGGGGAUGAGGUAUCCUCUGGAAAAUGUGAGCACUCCUCCUACCAUUUCAGAGCUCUGCACUCUGCUGGUGUUCCUGCUGGAUGUGAUUCCUCUGGAGCUCUACUCAGAAGUGCAGACUCAGUACCUGCCCCAGAUGCUCAGUUACAUGGUGCAGUCUCUCCUGGAAAACAUGGAAGUCUUGGGACUGCCAGAACUCACUCAUGCCUUAAAAACCUGUUUUAAGGUGCUCAGCAAGGUGCAAAUGCCCCCUUCCUACCUGGACAUCGAGACAGGCAGUGGCAAUGGGAGUCCAGUGCCAAAGGAAGAUCUGGACAUAACCCUGGAGACCAAACCUGGGCUGCCGGAGGAGGAGGAGGCUCCAUUCCCCACCCUCAAGUCAGAGGACAGUGGCAUUGGCCUGAGUGCCUCCUCCCCAGAGCUGUGCCAGCACCUGGGGGUGCCCACGGUGACCCUGGAGAGAGAUGAUGUCUGGAAAAAAGGAGGGAGCAUCCAGAAAACUCUGCACUGCAUCCAGGAGCUGGUGGCCAAGUUUGCCAGCAAAUACAUUUUUGGGAUGCAGCUCCAAGAAAUGAGUCCUGAAGGGAUUGCAGCAAUAAAUCUGAGCGGGAAGGAGAAAAAGGAGAAUGGCUACAGGUUACCUGAGAGUGGCAACAAGAAAAAGAGUCCCUGGGAUGGCAAGCAAAUCACUGUGCCUCAGGUGAAACAAAUGCUCUCAGAGCUGUUCUCAGCCCGGGGCUCGCCCUUCAGGAGCAAGAAUUCCACUGCUCUCCUCUCUGAACACAAAAAGGAGAAGGAGGAGGAGGAGUGGGACCUGGAGCUGGUGCUGGGACCCCUCAGAGGGGACUGCAAGGAAGCUUUCUCUGCAGCUUGUCACCUGCUGCUGGAUUGUACCACAUUCCCAGUUUACCUGUCUGAGGAGGAGAUGGAACACUUGUACCUCUCUCUGUUUCAGGACCCUGGUAAGAGUUUUCCUUUCCUGAGGAUUUUUAGGAUGGAAACAAGAGUUGCCUGUGUGCUCUGGAAUCAGCUGAACAAGGAGACUCGGGAGCACCACAUUGCCUGUGUGGAAUUGUUCUACAGACUUCACUGCCUGGCUCCCUCAGCAAAUAUCUGUGAGGACAUCAUCUGCCAGGCCCUUCUGCACCGGGAUAAAGGAACAAGGCUGGAAGCUCUGUUCAGAUUCUCUGUCAUGUGGCACCUGACCAGAGAGAUCCAAGGCAGCAGAGUGACUUCCCACAAUCGCUCCUUUGAUAGGUCGCUGUUCGUGGUGCUGGACAGCCUGACGUGCUCGGACGGGGCCAUCGGCGCGGCGGCGCAGGGCUGGCUGCUGCGGGCGCUGUCGCUGAGCGAUGUGGCGCGGAUCCUGGAGCCCGUGCUGCUGCUGCUGCUGCACCCCCGCACCCAGCGCACCUCCCUGGGCUGCCUCAGGCACCGCGCCUCCCCAGACUAUGUUCGUGAUUGGCUUUGCAAGAAAAAGGCCCCUCUGAAAGAGUCUGGCAUCUCUGAGAGCAAUUCUGAGGAAAACCUUCCCUUGAGCCAGUUCACUACUGUGGACAGAGAAGCAAUUUGGGCAGAAGUGGAAAAUGAUCCAGAGAAAGCAGAGCUAAAAGCUGAGCAGCCUGAAAAUGAUGGCUCUUCCCAGGACACAGAGGGCGACCAGGACAACAGCGAGCACACGGAGUCUGCAGACACCAGCACAGGCCAUGACAGUGACAACACCUCCUCCUUGUCCCCUUCCCUGGAGCUGCAGGAGGUGAGCAGCGAGGACAAGGAGGCUGCAGCUGAUGGCAGAGAGGCUCCAGGCCACGGGAAUUCCCUCAGUGCCUCCGAGAGCUCCAGAUCCAGCGUGGGGCUCAACCUCGUCAGGGCCGACUCCGAGAGGACUCAGGCCUCGGAGUCUCUGUCCAGUGACGAGGAGGUGGAGCUGGAGCUGCAGGAGAUGGCUCACUGCAGGCUGCUGAGGCAGCAGAAGGAGAAGCAGGAGCUGGCAGAGGCCCUGUUCAAGCACAUGCUGCUGUACUUGCAACCCUACGACUCCCGGCGGGUGCUCUAUGCCUUCUCCGUGCUGGAGGCCGUGCUCAAAACCAACCCCAAGGAAUUCAUCGAGGCUGUGGCCACCACCAGCAUGGACACCAGCUCCACAGCGCACCUGAACCUCAUCUACAACCUCUUGGCUCGCCACCAGGAAGCUCUGGUAGGGCAGAGCUUUUAUGGGAAGCUGCAGCCUCAGUCCCCCACGGCGUGUCCGCACUCGCUGCUGAUCGAGCUGCUCACCUCGCUGUGCCUGAGCUUCCUGCGCUCCUACUACCCCUGCUGCCUGCAGCUCAGCCACAGAGACCUGCUGGGCAACAGGGACGUGCAGGUGAAGAGCGUGGAGGUGCUCAUCAGGAUGAUGGCCCAGCUGGCCACCACGGCCAAGGCGGCCGAGCCCAGGAACGUGGAGUUGAUCCGUGAUCUGCUGGGAAGGUGCCAAGUGCAGGAGCUGGUGCUGCUCUCACUCUCGGCCUCCAUGUACGUCAGCCACAAGCGCUACCAGCUCCUGGCUGAUGGGGCCAACCACCAGGAGCAAGAGCUCUUCGAGGAGAGCCUGAUCAAUUUUGGCCACGAUCAGAUCUGGAGCGAGCACCCUCUCCAGAUUGAGCUGCUGAAGCUGCUGCAGGUGUUGAUUGUCCUGGAGCACCACCUUGGCCAGAGGCCUGAGGAGCAGGAGAGCCAGCCAGACUUGUCCAAGGAGUGGCAGCAGGCUCUGAACUUCCAGCAGGCCAUUGGGGCCAUGCAGUACGUGUACCCACACCCCAUCACCUCCCAGGGCUUGUUUGUCUCUGCCGUGGUGAGGGGGCUCCAGCCCGAGUAUGGCCAUGGCAUGCAUCCCACCUGGGUGGGCUUGGUCACCAGCUCCCUGCCCUACUUUGGGAAGUCCUUAGGCUGGACCGUGGCCCCAUUUGUGGUGCAGAUCUGUAAAAACCUGGAUGAGCUUGUCAAGCAGUAUGAAAAUGAAGCUGUGAAGACUUCUGCCAAAACAUCUGCCAGCUUCACUUCUAAAAGAGAAAAUGUGACUCCUGAUUACCCCCUCACCCUUCUGGAAGGACUGACAACCAUCGGGCACUUCUGCCUUCUGGAUCAUCCCCAUCCAACAAAAAAGUCAUCCUGUUCAGCUGAACCUGCCAACCUGAGGAAUGCCAGGAAUGCCAUCCUGGAGGAGCUGCCCCGAAUUAUGAACACCAUGAGCCUCCUCUGGAAUGUCAUCAAGAGGGAAGACUCCCAAAAAAGACCAACUGACUUCUUUGGGACAACUAAAGGCUCCUCUUCAGUCUACUUUAAAGCAACCAAAACACUAAGAACAAAAAUAUUGGACUUCCUGAAUCCCUUGACAGCACACCUUGGAAUCCAGCUGAUGGCAGCAACUGCUGCAGUGUGGAACAGCAAAAAACCUCACAGAAGUCACAGUAAAACCAAGAUUCUCCCGGUGGCCAGUGCAUCCCAGCUCGUUCUCGUGGACUUAAUUUGUGCCCUGAAUACAUUAAAAAUUGACACCAUCUUGUAUCUGGUCAAAGAGGUGGUGAAGAAACCAGCACAGAUCAAGGGGGAAGAGGUAUUAGGUGUUCUAUAUUUUUUAAACAGCUCUUUUACAAAACCAAAUUCACCAAGCAAUAAGCAUUUUUCUAAUAGUACACAAACAAAAAUUUUUAGAAAUCCUUUAAUCGUGCUGGCCUCGCUGCUGGACGUGGUGUACCGCAGUGAUGAGAAGGACAAGGCCGUGCCCCUCAUCUCCCGCCUGCUCUACUUCGUGUUCCCCUACCUGCGGAACCACAGUGCCUACAACAUUCCCAGUUUCCGCGCUGGUGCUCAGCUGCUGAGCUCCCUGAGUGGAUACGCCUACACCAAGAGAGCCUGGAAAAAAGAAGUGCUGGAAUUGUACAUGGAUCCAUCUUUUUUCCAGAUGGACACUUCCUGCACUCACUGGAGAUCCAUCAUUGAUCAUCUCCUCACACAUGAGAAAACCAUGUUUAAGGAUUUGAUGACCAUGCAGAGCAGUGCCCUGAAGCUGUACCCCAGCUUUGAGCAGAAGGCCAUGCUGCUGAAGCGCCAGGCGUUCGCCGUCUUCAGCGGGGAGAUCGACCAGUACCACCUGUACCUGCCCCUGAUCCAGGAACGCCUGACUGAGAACCUCCGCGUGGGCCAGACUUCUCUGGUGGCUGCCCAGAUGUUUCUCUUCUUCAGAGUUCUCUUGUUGAGGAUUUCCCCUCAACAUCUCACCUCGUUGUGGCCAAUCAUGGUCACAGAACUGAUCCAGACAUUUCUACAGCUGGAGGAAGAUUUAACUGAGGAAGAGGAACCAGCAAAGAGCAACAGCAAAAUCAGCAAAGCCAAAGGCUCGGGGGAUGGCAGCGGGGCUGAGAUCCAGCCCAAGGAGCUGUGCCUGUACCUGGCAGCCUGCAAAUUCCUGGACACAGCGCUUUCCUUCCCCCCUGACAGGAUGCAGCUCUUCCAAAUGUACAAAUGGGCCUUUGUGCCAGAGGUGGACACAGAAUCAUCUCCUGUCACCUCCCACCUGGUGGAAAACCACCAGGAAUGCCAACCACACAUCGUGAGGAUCAUGGAUCUGCUCAGGAUGAAAUAUGGGGACCCAGAGCACCCCGAGGGAGCUGCCAGGAAUCCCAAAUUCCCCCUGCUGAGCCUGCGCUCCGUGUCCAGCAUCACCCAGCUGCUGCCUUUCUUCCAGACUCUGUGCUGGGCCUUCACAGCCCGAGGCAGUGACCCCCACAAUUCCCACCCCUCUGCAGCUGCCUCCGUGGAUUCUCUUGGCAGCAACAGCAGCAGGAUCCUGCAGCAGCUGGAGGACAGUGUGGAAUGUGAUUUCCUGGAAAAUAUGGAAAGUUGAGCCUCACCUGGGACACUCCUGCUGGAUCAAACACAGGGAAAGCUUGGCUGAAAUUCCAUUUUUUUCCCCCCAGAUUUCCAGCUACGUUUUGGGAUUUCUCUUCAAUUAUUCAGGAGCCGGUGGUAAAAAGCAGGAAUCUCCUGUUGCUGUGGUGGGAAAAAAGGGCAGUUUGGUGGGAAUUUCUCAGAGUUCCUGUGUUUUAUUUGUUUUCCAUGGGAAGGAUUAAAGACAUUUUGUAAAUAGGGGAAGAAUAUUUUGAACUUGGUGGAAGCAGCUGCUGUCCUGGGACUUCUCCAGGACUUUAAAGUGCUUUUGGAACUGUGUCCUGAAGGAAAAUUGAAGGAAAAUCCAAUAUUGCAUGUUAGUGUACAAUCAGUUUGCAGUGAGUCAUUUCCUGAGGUGAAAGCCCUUAAUUUGACCUAAAUUGAUCAAAUUCCAAACAAAUGCCCCAAAUUCCUCACAGAUGGAUUGGCUGAGUCUCAUCAUUGUGCAAGGAGCUGCAGCUUUUCCCUGGCUGUAAUUUCAGCUCUCUGCUAGAACAGCAUCUUCAGGCGUAGCAAAUCCUUAGAAAUGUGCAUAAAACACAAACCUUUGCAGGAACAUUUUGUAAUUUGCAUUACUUGAGGGGGUUUUUAUUUUAAUUAAUUGAUUAAAAGAUUUAAAUUAAUAUUUUUUAAAUUAUAAACUUUUGUUCUUUCAGUGACUCAGGUGGCUGCAGCUUCUGAAAUGCAACUAAAUGAAGAUAAUGCUGUAAAAAUAGAAAUUGCUUAACUAAAAUGAAAAUAAUAUUCUUUUUUUUUGUUUUUGUAAGAACAUUUUUUGUACAAAAGAAUGUAUUUGGCUGUUCCUGGAUGGUGAGAGACGUAGGGGGAUCAUCCCAGUGCUUUUCCUAAAUUAAAAAGGACAUGGGAAAAAUUUGGUUGGGAAUCAAGGAUUUCUUUUUCCCAAACUCCCAUAACAACGAGGGAGGCUUCUCUGCCGUGGGUUUUAGGUACAGAUGGAUGAGAUUUUCAUCUUGGGUUUAUAAACUAAAAUAAUGAAACAUCCUUUACUCUCACACUGGAAUACUGUACAAAAAUAACAGCACAAGAGGCUUGUGCUAAACUUAUUUAAAUCCUUUGCAUUUUUACAGUGAACGAAAGUGGUGGAUUGAAGUGUGGUCAUUAAGAAUGUGAAUUGUUUCUAUUAAUAUAAUUUAUUAAUGGUCUCUAAUGCUGUUGGAAUGAGCACAAGUGAAAAGUUACCCUUUGAAAGCAUUACUUGAAUAUUGGAGCAGGCCACUGUUAAAAUGUUGGUGUUUAUUUCCUACCUGUCUGCAAUAAUUGUUAUGGAUAAUCUGAACACUCAGGAUGAUUUGGUACUUUCAGUUUCCUGCUGGUUGCAUUCCAUGCUUGGAUCUUGCCCUUAAAAUGCUCAGAAAGGAGAGCAAGGUUAGAUGGGGUGUUGGGAAGGAAUUCCUGGCUGGGAGGGUGGGCAGGGGCUGGGAUGGAAUUCCCAGAGCAGCUGUGGCUGCCCCUGGAGCCCUGGCAGUGCCCAAGGCCAGGCUGGAGCAGCCUGGCACAGUGGAAUGUGUCCCUGCCAUGGCAGGGGUGGCACUGGGUGGGCUUUGAGGUCCCUCCAACCCAAAUCAUUCUAGGAUUCCAUGAUUCUGUUAUUCCAUGAUUCUAUCCAAUGGUGUUAAAAUCUAAGAGAACUUUUUGUCAUUAAACUGCUUUCAGUGGCAUCAGACAUUUAAGGAACUUGCAGAAUCCUUCCACUUCAGAAGAAAAAGUUCUUUAAAAUUUAGUAUCCAAGUAGAUCUUUUAUAAAUAGCAUGUGAAAAAGGAGGAAAGGGCUUUAACUAAAAGUCCUGCUUGAGUGCUGGAGGGACGCAGUUCCACAGGUCAAAAGGGGAGUAUUUUAUUCCUUUAUUCCAUAAUUUUAUUACUUUUCCAUGGGGGACUAACUGUGGUUGUUUUCUCCUACUGAUAAAUCCACUGAGGAGCCACUGCAGGGCUCUCCUGCUCUGAGCUGGUCCUACCAAAGCAGAGCAACCUCGCUGUCCAUGAAUCUGGAAACAUUUUUGCCUGGAACUCCAGACAUCCUCUCCUGUUCCAGGACAGGAAAUGCUUUUGCUUUGCUGUGAUUUUGCUUUUCAGUCUAACCAAGCUCAGCUUUGUCUUUUGGACACUUCAGCUCCAAUACAGCAGAAAGUGCUCAGAGGGAGACUUGGAAAUAUUCCAAAGGAUUUCAUUGUCCUGAAAGAAAAAAAUCAGGAGGUGCGACCAAGGUAAACUGCUGAAGAGCAGCAGGACUUGAAGUGUAGAGCAUUAAGUGAUGGUUGUGUAUCCCAUACCAUACAUGAAUGUAAUUCUUCUAUUAAUAUUAAAUGUUAUUUUGCAAUGCCUUUUCAAA